AUGGCUGUGUUGCCCAGCAUCACUGAUAUUCUACUGGGAAGAGGGCCAGCGCCAACGCUCUUACCUUCGCCCUCACCUAUUUCCUGGCAAAGAUCGAAUGCGUCUCGUUCUAAUAGCUUCCCCAUGUUGAGGGUUGACCAACUCCUUCUCGACCAUUAUCUGCCUUACAAAGGUCCUCCUCUGCCAUCAAUCAACUCUAUGGCAGAUGGAUCUAUUUCCAGUUUCUCGGCAUACCGACAGCUUUUGACUCCUCCUCUCACCACCAGCAGUUCUUCAUCUGUAUGCUCUAUAGAUACAGACCUGGACGGCGACGUUGACAUGGCACAUCUCCGGAGUUUGCUCGACCUGCCAGAACCGAAGCUUGCUACUGUUGUCCAGGUAGCCAGCGACCUGCUAGAAGAUUCUGCAAUCAGGCCAGCCUACAACCAAGGCUGGUUCAAGCCUACCUCUCCUGUGAACAAGUUCAGCAAGAGACUAGAAGACAAAAUCGCCGGCAAAUCCCUCGAUGAGUUGGUCGAUGGCUUUUUCUGUCGCGACGAGAGUCGCGAACUCUACGGCGAGCGAGUGUCGAAACCUCGCCCGAAGCUAGAGAAGAAAGCUGCCUUGAAAGAAAUGCAAGCGACAGAAGACCUCGACCCUGAGUUGCUGGCGAGGGAAAAGAGAAGACAAGAGGCUGACGAGGCUCACCGGAUCGCUGAAAAUGAUAGACGAGACCGUCAUCGCGAGUCUCAAAGGGAAAGUCAUCGUCGAUGCUCCGACCUGGCUGCAGAAUGCGGUGCGGAACAUGCAAAGGCCGAGAAGAAAACCAGGACUCAAGCGGGCAAAGGGCCCGGCAAGGACGAUCAGCUGUGGACGGCUAUAUACGCCCACGAAAUGGCGGGGAGGGUGGUGCAGUCGGUCAACGACCGGCGCAGGCGUGCGGAGACGAUGGUGCAGUUGCUGCUCCAGUUUCUCAUCCGCCAACAACAAGACUUGCUGCCGGAUCGAGGAGCUCGACGAAGCUCGAGCGAAUGCGGCUCCUCCACGAGUGAGUCGUUCUUCUCUCAGCCAGGCUAUGUUGGACGGAAGAGGACAUGGGAUGACAUGGAACGAGAGUCAAGACGCACAUGGCCAAGUAUCUGGUGA